AUGGAGGAGAGUGUGCCGUACGUGUGCCUAUUAGAGUUCGCCGCCGGUGAUGUUAUCCGGCUGUUGACUGCAUGUCAUCAUGCGUUCCACCCUGGUUGCAUUGAUUUCUGGUUUGUUUCUCACAAGACGUGCCCCAUAUGCCGGUCAAAUCAGGAGGAAGCGCCGGACAUGGCCGCUAUGACGGCGAUGGGCGUGGUUGUUGCUAGUGGCAGCGAUGAAGAUAUUCAUGUUAUUAGCAUUAAAGGGAUAGGAGAAUCGGCGGAAGGUGAAGAAAGGGAGGGGAUGGGGAACACGAUAGCGAUGGAAGGGGGCGAGGUGGAGUAG